AUGGGAAAUACAAACGGAAGUAAAAAUCCAGGUGAACAUACGAUGAAUUUUUUCAAUACGGAACCAUUUAAUAUUCAAAUUCCAUUAUCACUUCGAGAUCCAAGGGAGACUACCUUUUCAAUUCAACAACUUGAACAAUUGAAAAUAGUCGAUGAUGCACGUAAUAUAGCUCUUGGAUAUAUACAUGAUUUUAAUAAAUUUGCAUCAGUUUGGAAUUCUAAUAAAAUUCAUCCAGAGACACGACGUUUGUUACGAAAACUUGUACAAAUACAAACAAUCAAUGCUGUAUGCAAUGGUUUCUAUAGACUACCUGAUAGUACUAGAAUAGACUUAGACAUCGAUACAAUGACACACGCUGCUGAAAAUACAAAAAUGUAUAGUAAUAAUUAUGAGUAUGAUGCAAGUCGGCAACAACGUUCUUAUGAUCAACCAGCUAAGAUUUUUGUUGUCAAUGGAGAUUGUCUUGAUACUGUCAUGCAUUUCAAAGAAAAAUAUUCAGAUUGUAAUCCAGUUGUACUUAAUAUGGCUGCUGCUAAUUGUCCUGGUGGUGGUUGUGGAGCUCAAGAAGAAAAUCUUCAUCGCCGUACAAAUCUUUUUCAAUGUCUUGAAGAUUCUUAUCAUCAAUUAGAAGGAAAACGAAAUUGGCAUUAUCCUAUACCUGAAUUUGGUGGUAUCUAUUCUCCUCAUGUGAGUGUAUUUCGUGGUUCGGAAUCCCACGGUUAUCCAUUUUUUUCUCAACGUCCACAAUACGUAUCGUUUAUUGCUUGUGCUGCCUAUUCUCAUCCAUAUACAUCAAGAAAUAAAGAUGGCGAAAUGGAACUUUAUGGUCAAGAUGUAAUAAAUAAUACAAUGAAAAAAAUGGAAACUAUUUUCAAAAUUGCUCUUGAAAAUGAACAUGAUACUGUUAUCCUAUCGGCAUUCGGAUGCGGUGCUUUUAGAAAUCCUCCACGACAUAUUGCGAAAUUAUUCCAUACAGUAAUUUCUAAAGAAUAUUCUCAUGCAUUUAAAUAUAUUAUUUUUACUAUUAUGGAUGAUCAUAAUUCUAUGAAAGAUCAUAAUCCUAAUGGUAAUAUUCAGCCAUUUGCUGAUAUUUUUAAUAUAUAUAUAAUAAUAAUGUCAGCAUUUGUUGAAUUACUUCGUAAAUCAAAUCUUGAUUAUAUUGUUGCACGAAAACCAUUUAAAAUUGGUUCACGUAGUGAUGAUGUUAUAUUUGCUUCAUUUAUUGAUGUGAAAACAAAAAGAUUACAAUUAGUUGCAUGUUUAGAUAAGCCAGAAUUAGUUACCGUAUGGUCAACAUCAUUAGAUGAACGUUCAUUUCAAUUAAAUGCUCGUCUAUUAGAUAUAUCAGAACUUGGUGAAACAAUGAAUUUUCUUUGUGAACGUAUAAAUGAAUCUGAUUUUACACUUGCUAAAGCUGCAUCAACAAAUAGUGAUGGUCAAUAUGAAGUUUCACAAGUUAAUGUUACAUUUACGCAUCCGAAAAAUAAACAAUCAAUAACUCUUCAACUUUAUGAACAUGUUGAUGAAGGAGAAAAAUCUUCAUUUUUAAGUAAAAUUCUUUUACAUGUUUAUAAACGUAAUGAACAAUUAACAGCUGAAGUUAAAACACAACAAUUACGUAUUAAAGAAUUAUCGACAAAAGCACAACGUGCACAACCAAGAUCCAUUGGUGGUAAUAGAAGUUUUGAUGGAAAUCGAUCAAUGGAUUCAAAUAAUCAAAAAGGAAAUAUGAAUAAACCACAUGGAAAUAUACAAAUGAGUUUAAUUAAUCCAACAGUUAAACGACGUAAAGCACCAACUGGUGUUAAUUAUGAUGAUGAAGAAAGUGAUUAA